AGAGGGCCAGCGCGUCUAGCCAGCUCGAAGUGCCACGACUUCACAGCAGACCUCGGAUCCAAGCGCAGUGAGGGGGAGAGCGCAGUUAGACGAAAAAAGACAAGAAUCAAGUUAGCUGAUUUAUAAAGGUAGCUUUCCACAGAAGUCUCCUCAUCUCCAACCCAGAGUCCGUUUUUGCCCUCAACCAGCACCUUCUUGAAGCAAGCAGACGUCGCUUUGCCAGGACCAAAAGCGCAGUUCACUGAAUUCAAAAGAUGGAUAUCUAUGACCCCCAGACCCUUGGGAUUGUGGUAUUUGGUGGCUUUAUGGUGAUCUCUGCCAUAGGGAUUGCCCUGGUGUCCACCUUCUCCAUGAAGGAAACCUCUUAUGAGGAGGCCCUCGCUAAACAGCGCAGGGAGUUGGGUAAAACACAGUCAGUUCGCUCGGAGAAAAAGAAAAAGGACAAAGUAGCGGAGAAGAAGAGCCGUGGGAAGAAAAAAGAGGAGAAGCCCAAUGGAAAAAUCCCGGAACAGGAGAAGGCUGAAGAAGUUGCUGACUCUGAAGCUGAAGUAGCCAAUGAGCCUGCUGCUGCACCAGCUGUAUCUGCUAUUCCUGCCCCUGAGCCUGCUCCAGUGGUUGAAGUUAAACCAUCUGCAGCCCCAGUGGCUGCAGAGACCCAACCCAAAGCUGCAGCUGAACCCAGCUCUGCAGCUGAACCCAGCUCUGCUGCUGAGCCCUUACCCGUGCCCUCGCCUAAGGAGAAAAAGAAGAAGAAGGUGGCAAAGGUUGAGCCAGCCUCAACUCAGCCAGCUCCAGUGGUGUCUACUCCCACACCAGUGAAGUCUUUAGCAGCCACUUCUACAACCCAGCCUCUCCUAUCUGUGCAGACCAAAGCAGUGAUAUCAUCCUCUGCACCAGCAUCUUCAAAACCUGCUCCUGCAUCCACCAAGGCUCCUGCAGCUCCUGCAUCAACCAAAUCUGCACCUGCUCCAGCACCUGCCCCCACAUCAGCUAAGUCUACCAAUGCCCAAGCUAAAUCUUCCCCUGCACCAAACAAAUCGACCCCCACACCAAACAGGUCUGCCUCAGCCCCAGCGAAGUCUACACCAGCUCCAUCCAAGGCUGCCCCAGUGCUAGAGGCGGUCACCAAAGAUGUCCCAGUAAUGGCUGUGCCUCCAGUGGGGUCUCGGCAGGUUUCUGCUGCUCCAACAAAAGCACAGGAACCCAAGAAGAAGGCUUCCAAAAAGAAGUCUGAGCCUGCAGCAGCAGCGGUGGUUGACACUGCUGACGCUCCGCUGCACCUACCCUAUAAAGCUCUGGUUUCCACCAUCAGCAGCAUGAUGUUCAGUGAGGGAGAGGCACACAGGCUCAUUGAGAUCCUCUCUGAGAAAGUCGGCAUCAUUCAUGAUUCCUGGCACAUGGCCUCUCAAAAGGGAGAUCCUGUCGCCAUAUUGAAGAAGCAGCUGGAGGAGAGAGAGAAGCAGCUGGCAGCAGAGCAGGAGGAUUCUUCUGCAGCCAAGAAUCGUCUCAGAGAGCUCACCAAGGAGCUUUCGGUAGAGAAGUCCAAGGUUGCCAGCGUGGAGACGCGGCUGAGUUCUCAGCUGAGCAAGAGGGAACAAGAAAUGAUUGCUCUGCAAGCCCGCAUGCAAGCCAGUUACCAGGACCAUGUAGCCCAGACCCAGAGGCUCAAUGCAAAGAUCCUGAGCCUGCAGGACCAGCUGGAAAAAGGCCCUAAUGCCCAACUUGCUCGUCUACAACAGGAAAAUUCAAUCCUCCGCGAUGCUCUAAACCAGGCAACUAGUCAAGCUGAGAGCAAACAAAAUGCAGAACUGGCCAAGCUGCGUCAGGAAUGUGCAAAGUUAACCAAAGAGCUGGGAGAGAAGACUGAAAGUCUGCUUGCUGAUGAGCAAGUGAGGAAAGUGCUGGAGUCCAAGCUCUCUGCUGCAGAGAAGCAGCUCUCACUGCUGCAGGAAAGCCGGGCAGAAAGUGAGCAGGCGUUGCAGAAGAGACUGGAGGAGGUGUCUGAGGAGCUCAGGACAACACAAAGCAGAAACGGCAGCCUGCAGGCCACUCUGGAGCAGACCCAGCAGGACAGUGGCGCACUUUCAGGGUAUCAAGUACGCAUAGAGAGAUUGGAGGCUGAAGUCAAGGAGCGGUCUGCUCAGGUGGACACUCUCACUGUCCAGCUGGAGGAGACACAAGUAGAGAAGAACCAGCUUACACAGCAGGUAGUCUCCAUCAACUCGCUGUUGGACGCAAGUCAGAACAAGCAGGAUGACGACAGAAAACAGCAGGCGGAUCCAGCAGAACUGGAACAUCUAAAGCUGAGCCUUCAGGAAAAGGACCGCCAGUUGAGUGCACUUCACGAGGAGGUGAAGCAGCUGCAGAUAAAGCAGGAAGCUGCUGAAAACACAAUUUCUGAACUCAAGCAAAAAAAUAAGAGCGAGGAUGCCACCCUCGUCUCGUCGCUUCAGGAAGAACUCAAGAACCUCAAAGAGGAGAUGGUGCAAGUUAAAAACUUAAAAUCGGACAGUUCAGCAGAGCUCGCGCAACUGCAGAACAGUCUGUCUGAGACGGAGUCCCUCGUUGCAUCACUACAAGAAGAGCUGAGGGAAGCAAAAGCAGCUACAGAUGCUAAUGCGGCGGCUCAACUGGCAGCUCUUCAAAGUGAAACCAAAGAAACUCUUCAGUCGCUCUUCCCACAGAUACCAGUAGAAACAAAGCAGUCCAACUGGUUAAAGGUAUUUACACAGAAAGCUCAGGAGGUACUGAGCCAGCAGAGUCAAGACACAGCAUCGGCAGAGAAACUGAAGGAAUCAGAGGCAAACUAUAGUUCCCUGCAGGCGGACUGUGACCAGUACAGGACUGUCCUGGCUGAAACUGAAGCAAUGCUGAAACAUCUGCAGCAAAGUGUAGAAGAGGAGGAGUUGGUUUGGAAGUCAAAGAUGGGAAACUCAGAGGAACAGUUGAAGGAGGCUUUGCAGAAAGUCAGCAAGCUUGAAGCAGAAAGCCAAAGUGUAGAACAGUUGAAGGAACAAAUUAUGCUUCUUGAAGCUCAGCUUGAGAAACAAUCAGACAACCCAAUGACCUCAGAAGACGUGGAGCAGCUGAAGCUGCAGCUGUCCGAUUGUCAGAACCAGUUGGAUCUGGCCCAGAAGGAGGUCCAGGCACACAAGGAGGAGCUCCAACAGGUCAGAGCACAGCUGGGCGAGAUCACGACGCGGACGCGGGGAGAGCAGAACGGCCCAGCUGAGGCUGAACCCAGUCAGGUCCAGAACGAGAUGAAUCAGACGAUGGAGAAGCUGCAUGGAGAGGAAACUCAAAGGCAGCAGCUCUCAGAGGAAUUCACGCAGGCCCAGAAGACAGUAGGUGAUCUACAGGCCCAGCUGGAUCUUUUAAAAGUUUCUUCAGAUGCACCGCAGUCCGACACAGAAGAUGUAGCUCAGCUCAAGGAGCGCCUUGAGAAGGAGAAAAAGCUGUCCAAAGACCUUGGCCAAGCAGCCACUAAGCUCCAGCAGCUUCUUAAAGCUACUCAGGAGCAGCUGACCAAAGAGAGAGAGACUGUGAGAACACUACAGGAGCACCUGGAGGUCAAGGGAGAAUUUGUAGAACUGAAGGAAGGAACAUCUGUCUGAGUUGAAGCUCACGAGGAACACUACAAUAAAACUGCCAAAUAUGCCUUAUGAUUACCUAGUUAUGCAUUCCAAAUUUAUUCUUUCUUGUACUGUAGUUUGCAUUUUUGUUCAAACCUUUAAGGAUCAGAUAUUUUUGAAUAAUGAUCAUUUCAAAGUAAGACUAGAGGAGAGAAUCCUGCUGCAUUCUUUGUUGAAGCCCACAUUCCAGCUACAAUUCUGACCAUGUCAGGAGUUAUUUAUCUCUUUGCCUUAUAUUAUAUUAACAUUUCCCCAUAGUUCAGUGUUAAAAAGGGAACGUGAAGGCACGUCAGACGUGCUUCAAUCUGUGCAAUUACUUUGUAUGUCUUUUUUUUCUAUGUGGUUGAAUGAUGGGAACACUUUAUGGUUCAUUGUUAGAGCCUGCUUUCCUCUGUAUCUGGCUGACAAAACAUCAGAUUUGUAUGAAUGAAUAAACUACAGUCGAGCACUA